AUGGACGUUCCUCCAGUCAUGGACUCCACACUACCACCACCAGGAUGGGUUCGUAUUGAAUUGGAACCGGUGAACAUCCCAUUAGAACAUGAUGAUUCAAUACUUUUAUCAGCCAUACAAUCUGUUAUACCUGGCGCACAUGGGCUUUAUUACAAAGAUGAGGAUCGCAAAAAGGCCUUGAAAUAUAAUGGCGCGACUGGCUGUAUAUUAAAGGGUCCCGCAGGCUGGAAUUCUAAGCCUAUUUACGUUGUACUUGGUUUGUCAUACUUUCAAUAUAUGAAUAAUAAAUAG